GACGAAGAUUUCGCAUGAGAAGAAACUUAUUUCUUCGCAUUGUUAAAGGUGUCAUGAAUCAAGAUUCGUUCUUCCAAAGCAAUCAUAAUGCCACGGGCAGAUCAAGCCUCUCACCCCUUCAAAAGUGCACAGCAGCAAUUCGAAUGUUAGCUUACGAUGUGGCUGCAGAUGUUGUUGAUGAAUAUCUGCGAAUUGGUACACUGAAUGACAUAAAUGUGUUAGAUCGGUCUCCUGUCUUCCAUGAAGUGUUAGAAGGGAAAGCACCAAAGGUUCGAUUUUCUGUUAAUUGAAGAAACU